CUCUCUCUCCACAGUUAGCAUGCUAGGCUACCCCCGUUAGCUCCUCAGAGUAGAGACGCACCGGCUCCAUCCACACCCCGGUGCCGUUAGACCCGACCCUUGCUUAACACACCACCGACCCACCAAGCUCACCGACGGGACGCGCAGUGUCUGUUCCUCCAGUGAAGAUGAUUAAGCUGUUUUCCCUGAAGCAGCAGAAGAAAGACGAAGAGUCUGCGGGAGGAAACCGCUCCGGAUCCGGGGGGAAGAAAGCCAGCGCGGCCCAGCUCAGGAUACAGAAAGACAUUAAUGAGUUGAACCUACCAAAGACGUGUGAGAUCAACUUCCCUGACGACGAUGACCUCCUGAACUUCAGACUCAUCAUCUCACCUGAUGAGGGUUUCUACAAAGGAGGGAAAUUCGUCUUCAGCUUUAAGGUAGGACAGGGUUACCCCCACGACCCCCCUAAGGUAAAGUGUGAGACAAUGGUGUAUCACCCCAACAUCGACCUGGAGGGAAAUGUUUGCCUAAAUAUCCUAAGAGAGGACUGGAAGCCUGUGUUGACAAUAAACUCCAUCAUCUACGGUCUACAGUAUCUAUUUCUAGAGCCGAACCCAGAGGACCCCCUGAACAAGGAGGCGGCGGAGGUCCUGCAGACGAACCGGCGGCUGUUUGAGCAGAACGUGCACCGCUCGCUGCGGGGGGGCUACGUGGGCGCCACCUACUUCGAGAGGUGUCUUAAAUAACUCGGCGUCCCAUGAUUCCCCCCCCCCCCACUCUCCCCCCUCCCCCCCUCUUCCCCCCCAGUCCUGCAGACAGAAGCAGGACCUGCGGCGGAAGCAGCACGCCAGAAGACGCUUUUCAGUUUCAAAACAAAAGAAGAAGAAACCCCCCCCCCUUCUCCUUUUGUCUCCCCCUCCUCCUUCCACCCCCCCCCUUAUUUCUCUCUGUUUAACUUCCAAGACGCAAACCUUCAACCGUUUACACGCCGCAGGACGCCGACACACAACACAGAACUGGACUCAAAAAGAUGGCCGACAGCGAGCGGCGGCCGGGGUGAGGAUUGGGGGGGGGGGGGGGGGGGGGGUUUCGGGUGAGUCGAAGAUUCUCCUCGACGAUGAUAAUGAUGAUGAUACCCACAUGAAUUAUUUUAUUUUUUAUUUUCGGUGUGUGGCCCCUGCGUCAGUCAGCUGAUCAGAAUGACACGCCCCCCUCCGUCUCGCAGCCUCUGAUUGGUCGUUGCUCAGCCGGCAGCAAACUCCAAACUCACUAAACACACCAUCGUCUCCGCCCACAACGCCGUCCUCCUCAAACACAGAAAACAGCAAAUCCACAUCAGGGGGAGGGGCUUGCAAUAUUAAUGGGAGGGGAUUUAUAGUAAAUGGGAGGGGCUUUGUAUGAAGUGGGAGGGGUUUCAGUCUCAACAACAGCCUUAAAAAAUCUCUUAAAGUUCCCUUAAAAUGAGACGUGAUCAUAGAUGCCAGUAACCUGACAAACUUGGUGAUGUCACAUUGAGUGGGAGGGGCCAGUCGGAGAAAGGGGAGGUGCUUGUUCUCCUAACAGUACCAGUGAAGCCUUAAAAAGUCCCUCUCUGUAGCCAGCUGUGUAGGGGGAGGGGCUUGUACGAUCAGACACGCCUUAAAAAGUUCCUCACAGCCAGAAGGCAACACAUGUCAGCCUGAGAGGGAGGAUCCUAGUGAUGUUAGAGUGGGGGGGCUUGUCAGAUGGUUACAUGACUAGAGAUGAGUCAGUUUGGAGUUUGCUGCUAAAACACACACACACACUGAGAGCAUUGGGGGCGGAGCAUCCUCUCCAGAGGGAGGGGCCAUGUGGGAGGGCGGGGUCACAGCGGGAGGGGCUUAACGCAUUAGGACUCUCUUGUGUAUAUUGAAACCCCGGCUGUUCACAUUGACUGCAAUAUGAUUUAUGUUAAAUAAAAUAUAAACUUGAAUGAUUGUAACCGAUGUGGCGUGUGUUUCCCAUCAGAGUCUAACGGCCCCCCAGGUACGACAGCUGGCUCGACUCAUGAUCUAAAAGUUAAACCCCCACAAUUUGGAUUUAAAGUCAAACUCAAAAUAAACUGGUCAGAUCAAAAAAAGAAGUGUCCUAUUUGGAUAUCCUCUUCCGCAGUAACUCUUUGAUAGAUAGGUUCAGGCGGGGGGGUUGUGAGGGUUUGAGGUUGUUUAUUUUUUUAAAUGCAGAAAACAAACUUUGGACAUAAAUAUUCAGUUUAGUAUUCACCUCAUUAAACCAAAGAUAUCUUCCAAUCAAUAAAAGCUUGUUAAAUCAUUUUGUAAUCUAAUCAUAAAUCUGAAUAAACAGGAAGUGGAGUUUAAAGGAAGACACUGCACAGCGUGGAAACAGUCUUUAUUUAACAGUGAGUCAGGUGACGCAGCAAAGUGUUCCUAUUGGCCGGAAGAAGAGGGGGCGUGCCAUCUCCAUGAAAGUGACUUAAUAAAAACAGCCUUUUAGAAAUCCUUCUGUUGACACUAACACAACGUGAAUACAUUUCAUAAUUAUUAUUCAACCUCACUUCGUUAUCCUCCAUGGGUCUUUUUGGAAAUAUUAAAGGAGAUUUCUACCUAUAAAUCAA